AUGGUCAAAGCAGUUGCUGUUCUCCGCGGUGACUCUAACGUCAAGGGCACCGUCACCUUUGAGCAAGCCGAUGAGCACUCCCCAACCAAGGUAUCCUGGAACAUCACAGGCCACGACCCCAACGCUGAGCGUGGCUUCCACGUUCACCAGUUCGGUGACAACACCAACGGCUGCACUUCUGCAGGCCCGCACUUCAACCCUUUCUCCAAGACUCACGGUGCCCCAACCGACGAGGAACGCCAUGUUGGUGACUUGGGCAAUAUUACCACCGACGCUCAGGGCAACGCCGUUGGAUCCGUCGAGGACAAACUGAUCAAACUUAUCGGAGAGCAUAGCGUCCUCGGCCGCACCAUUGUCUGCCACGCUGGCACUGAUGACCUUGGUAGAGGUGGCAAUGAGGAAUCCAAGAAGACUGGCAACGCUGGUCCUCGUCCUGCUUGCGGUGUCAUUGGCAUUGCGGGUUAA